AUUACUUCUAUGGAUUACUCUGUUUCCUUGCCCCAGUGCAAAAUAAAAAGUUAUGUCACUGUAAAGGAAUAAUAUUAGAUGUUUGUUUCGGGAAAUCGAAUUUCUCAUGAACACGUUCAGUGUUAAUUAAGUGUAAUCUCUCGACAAAAAUUACUUGCAUCUAUUUUCCCUUUGGCUUGUUUUCCUACUAGCUAAGCAUGAACAGGUGUAUGUAUCACCCGGUUAGAGCAAGUCGCCACGAAAGUUCACCGACUUAAGUUACACGUGGUGAUAUAGUGGACAUAGCUUGCUUUCAAUUGCUCUGAAAUUAUGGAAGUGGAGAGCUUUGUUUCUCGGACACUCGAGCUUCUUCGAGAGGAGAGAGAAGCAGAGAUAGAAGAAACGAGGUCUUGGCAAGAGAAUGUGUCUCUGAAAGAUCUUCAACGCAAAGGAGUUUGUCUCCUGAAGCUUCAACUAGAGAGCCAACGGACAAGUCUCUAUGGCCGUUUGCUUGGGGUGUUUGUGCCAAGGAAACACUUGGCCACUAGAAUUCUGCCGAGCAAUAGCUUUGGACCAGGAGAUAUUGUGGGCUUGUGCAGUGUGGAGGGAUGUGGUCCCUCAUCCCAGCUUGGUUCAGGUGUGGUCACACGAGCCUCACAAACGGCCAUAUCUGUGGCCUUUGAGCCCCUGGACGGGUUCAGCCUGGAAGGAGAUGUGCUCUACAACCUCAUGAAACUGGCGAACAAUGUGACCUAUGAGCGGCAGAAAUGUGCCUUGAACACCCUCAAUGGCUGCAGCUCUGGCCCAGCUUCCAGUCUGAUAAGUGUUCUGUUCGGCUACUCAGAACCAGGGAGUCUGUCUCAAACAAAUCCUAUAGAUUUCUUCAACACUUCCCUGGAUGAGUUUCAGAGAGAGGCUGUAACCUUUUCAUUGGCUCAGAGGGACCUGGCAAUCAUACACGGCCCGCCAGGGACUGGAAAAACAACCACAGUGGUGGAGGUGAUUCUGCAGGCAGUGAAGCAGGGCCUAAAGGUGCUCUGCUCGGCCCCUUCCAAUGUGGCAGUUGAUAACUUGGUGGAGGCUCUGGUUCGAAACAAAGCCAGGCUCCUCCGACUAGGGCACCCCGCCCGUCUGCAGGAGUCCAUACAGAAACACUCCCUGGACGCAGUCCUGGCUCGGAGUGACAGCACUGACAUCAUCGCUGACAUCCGCAAGGACAUCGACCGGGCCUUUGAAAAAAUGAAGAAAUCACGUGACAAGGGUGGGCGCAGCCACCUUAAGGCCGAGGUGAAGGAGCUGAGGAAGGAGCUGAGGAAGAGGGAGGAGAGUGCCAUCGCUCAGAUACUCAAAAUGGCCGACGUUAUCCUGGCAACCAACACCGGGGCUCAUGACAACGGGCCCCUGAAGUUCCUGCCCAAAGAUCACUUUGACCUGGUGGUGAUAGAUGAGUGUGCCCAGGCUCUGGAGAGCAGCUGCUGGAUCUCCCUGCUGAAGGCCCGCAAGUGUAUCCUGGCUGGUGACCACAAGCAGCUUCCAGCUACCAUAAAGUCUCACACAGCUGCGGCGAAGGGCCUGGGGGUAAGCCUGAUGGAGAGGCUGAUCCAGAAGCACGGGGCCUCGGUGGUCAGGAUGCUCACCAUGCAGUACCGCAUGAACAGUGCCAUCAUGCAGUGGGCCUCCCAGGAGAUGUACGGUGGAAAGCUCAUUGCCCACACCUCUGUGGAGAAGCACCUGUUGAGGGACCUGCCAGGAGUGGGCAGCACUGAGGAGACUGAGUUGCCUCUGCUCUUGAUUGACACGGCUGGCUGUGGGCUGUCUGAGAUGGAGACCAGUGAUGAGCAGUCGAAAGGGAACCAAGGUGAAGCGGACAUUGUGGCUCUGCACAUACAGGCCCUGACCGAGGCUGGUGUGAAAGCCAAAGAUAUUGCCGUGAUUGCACCUUAUAACCUGCAGGUGGACCUCCUCAGACAACUGCUCUCCCUGAAGCACCCUGAGCUAGAGAUCAGGUCCGUGGACGGGUUCCAAGGGAGAGAGAAAGAGGCGGUGGUGCUUUCAUUGGUCAGAUCCAACAGGAAGGGGGAGGUGGGGUUCCUGGCGGAGGACCGGCGGUUGAACGUGGCGGUGACUCGCUCUCGGCGCCACCUGGCCGUGGUGUGUGACACCCAGACCGUCCGGCAGCACGCCUUCCUCAAGUCCCUGCUGGACCACAUGACGGAGUGGGGAGAAGUGCGCAGCGCCUUCCAGUACCUGGAGGACGCCGUCCCCAUGAACUACACCCACGAGCCCUCCGAGCAGCGCGGCCAGCCCGGGCCCCGAGCCAAACCCCAACCCAAACCCGGGGAGAGGCAGAGGAGGGAGACGGGACCCAGGCAGACCCCACAGGCGAGGCCUGGCCCGGCCCGGAAAGCUGCCCCCGUGGUGGAAGGAGUGGGGAAGAGCGAGGAGGAGGAGCUGAAAGAAGAGCUGCUCCGUUUCCGGAAGGAUCCGGAACGCGCCACGCUGAGCUUCCCCGCCACGCUCAGCUCACACGCCCGCAUGCUCGUGCACCGGAUCUCCGAGGAGCUGGGGCUGAGGCACGAGAGCUGGGGGGAGGGGAAGAGCAGGCAAAUCACCGUCUCCAAGCAUGGGGACAGGCUUGCUCAGCCCGACCAAUCGGACUCCCCUGUGAGCCCCACAGAGCAGCUGGAACUACCACCUUCCUCCACAGGGUCCAAAGAGCACCUUGACCAACCAGCGUCCUCCACAGAGGCCACAGGCUCUGAGACAGGGGCCACAGGCUCUGAGACAGGGGCCACAGGCUCUGACACAGGGGCCACAGGCUCUGACACAGGGGUCACAGGCUCUGAGAGAGGGGAGUCCGGCUUGUCUCAGGUGGAUCUUAAGAGUCUGCACCUGGAGCGCAUGCAGAGAGAACAGGCCAAAAGGAAUCUGAAGGCCCAGUGCAGCUCCGCACCGGCACAGCCCUCCAAAAACGCCAAACGUUCAGCAAAAGGAAAGGGCCACUCCAAGGCGGACUCCAUAGAGUCAGCACUGGCGGGCGAUGACUUCGAUGCGCUCAUCGAUGCCGUUGUGAAGGCAGACAGUUUUUGUGCUUCCGCAAAGUGCAAAGCGAGCGUUCGGACCAUGGGACAGCUCUGCCCCUUCUGCAAUAGGAGAUACUGCCUCAGCCACCAUAUCCCUGAGGUACAUGGUUGUGGGGACUUGGCCAAAGCUCACGCUCGAAUCGGAAGGAGCCGGGAUGCAGCGCUUCAUGCAGCCGGUGCAAAGAAGGCUCUGGACCCAAACAAAAAGGCUCAUUUGCAGAGAAGACUGGAUACAAAGCUCAAGGACCUUGCAAGCCAAAGGAGAGUGAAACCAAAGGCGGAAUAGUCUUUCUAUGAGAGGAUGAGACGGCGCAAAUGUAAUUUAGUGCCCCCACAUGUGGUGAUCUGAGUAAAUUAGCAAAUUCUAGUUCGAUUUCACUUACUGUGCAUUUAGAUCAGAUAUCUUAUCAUUAUCAUACCAUGAACAAGAACAGACUUCGGCAUAUUAUUGCAUAUAUUUAUUAAAACACAUUUGCUCCAUUUAUGUAAUGCAAAAUCUGGAAACUGUUGUCUAAAAUGGACAUAAAUCCACACUAAUGGACAUGCAACAGGUUUAUGUUCAAGAUAAUUAAGAUUUUUAAAAGCUUUACAACAAUGUGAAUUGAUUUGGCUAUGUUGAAGAAACUGUGACCUUUAACAAUUUGCCAUCAGCAUGUUUGUCUAAAAAGUGUAAAAUGAAAUAAAACAUGCACACCACA